GCAGGGAGUUCAGCCACGCUUGGCCUGUCACCGCAAGACAGCGUAGGGUUGGGGGAGGAGAGAGAGUCAGCACACUUACUGUACAUAGAGAUGGAGCAAGAGCAAAAAUGGUCCAGUCACUCCUUGUUUCCAUCUUUACACUCUCCAUUUACUCUCACCCAAUAGCGGUGCCUCAAGUGUGUGUUUUUGUUCACUGCUUGGUUAAACCCAGACCCAGCAGAUGUUUCUGUUGUGUGGUAUUCCUGAAAGAAGAAAUGGAUAAAAUAUCUUGCCAGAUUGACAUACAUCUCUCCCCCAGUUUCCCCUCCCACUCGUCCUCCCUUGCUCUCUCUCUCAUAUCCUCGGGCUCCUGUCACUGACUGAGCUACAGCAGGUAGACAUCCGUAAUUAUUAAGGUGGUGGAAAGCCUCACACUAGAUUGCCUACAGGUGUUUUUUAAUGCAGAGGAAUGCACACAGAAACAGAAGAAAAGUGAAAAUGAAACAGUGCAGAAAGCAUUAAAUAUACUUCUAUACUGUUCUAAAAGCUUUCUAAUUUCAGAUUCAGCAUAUCUGAUUUUCUACUUUACGCCUCUUCCAACAGAUUUGUCCAAUUACUCCUCUAAACAGUGUUGGGGGCUUGUUGCUAGGUUACAGCCAGGGCAUCCAGGAGAUGAGUCUUGCCCGUCUACACCCCGUUUCACAAUUUGAUCCUGGUCCUGGAGUAGUGGAGGGGGGCAGGAAGCCAUGACGAAUGGCACAUUUCCCCUGAGCACUGUCUGAUGCCCCCUGACAGAUUGAGGCUGCAAGAUAACGCAGGAGUGAUAAACCGGAGGCGUGUAUGUCGGAGGGAGAGUCUCCGCCCUCCGGAGCAGAGCAGCCCACUGGAUGAGCCGCUCAGCUUUCACCCAUGAAAACAGGAGAGGAGCGAAAACCAAGAGAAGUCAUCAACUUCACCUGAACAAAGACACAAGCAGAUACACAUGGGGCAGGGAGAGGCUUCAGCACGGGGGACGACCAUGGAGGGUGACUGUCUCAGCUGCAUCAAGUACCUCAUGUUUGUCUUCAAUUUCCUCAUCUUUUUGGGGGGUUCUUUCCUCCUAGGAGUGGGAGUAUGGGUACUGGUGGACCCCACAGGGUUCAGGGAAAUUGUAGCAGCCAACCCCCUGCUAUUCACUGGUGUCUACAUCAUCCUGGGCAUGGGAGGCAUGCUCUUCCUUCUGGGCUUCCUGGGAUGCUGUGGAGCCAUCCGCGAAAACAAGUGUCUGCUCCUCUUCUUCUUCAUGCUCAUCCUCCUCAUCUUCUUAGCAGAGCUGGCUGCUGCCAUCCUCGCCUUCAUAUUCCGGGAGCAUCUGACCAGAGAGUACUUCACCAAGGAGCUGAAGAGACAUUAUCAAGGCUACAACAACACUGAUGUGUUCACCUCCACAUGGAAUGCCAUCAUGACUACAUUUGACUGCUGUGGGGUGAACAGCCCAGAGGAUUUUAAGGACAGCCUGUUCAGGAUGAUCAAUCAAAAUCAUAUGGUGCCAGAAGCCUGCUGCCAGCGUGCCAGUCAGACCGGGGAGUUGGCCGAUAUCAGCCAGGAGCAGUGCUUAUCGGGCAGUAUGAUGUUCCGCAAUAACAAGGGCUGCUACUCUGCAGUAGUUGAUUACUUUGAACUGUACAUCUAUGUGGCUGGAGCGCUGGCCAUUGUGGUGCUGACCAUCGAGCUCUUUGCUAUGGUCUUUGCAAUGUGUCUCUUCAGGGGGAUCCAGUAGAGCUGCUCCAUCUGUGAACUUUACAAAAAAAAAGGGAAUUCAGGAGAAAAGAACAAAAUGAACACUUGAUGUAAAUUUGUUGAUCUCUUUUUCUAUUGGCUAAUUGGUAGAAAAACUAACUCUCAAACGCUUGUACUUCACAGCUGGACUUUUGAGGUACUGGGUGGCAAAAAAAAAACAAACACACAUACAUACACACAAACCAUAGAAAAAGUGGGAGAUCAGAAACAAAACUGAUGUAAAAAAGAUUUGUGUGUAAGGUGGAAACACUAAUUUGUGGACCAGGUCUAGCACAGACUGGGUGUAAAGUGGACCGGGCAUGAGGACCAGGUGAUGCCUGAGCAGAAGGCACUGCACUGACUUUUGGAUGAAGAAUAUUUAUAUUAAGUAAAGUUGGCUUAACUGUAAAAAAUGUGUUUUAUGUACACUUUGGCUGUUACCCUUUCAUACUGUAUACUGUAACACACUCCCUCCUUCCACAUGCCUUUUUACAGCCACUCUUCUUUAAUGCUGUAUUAUAUAAGCUCUGUGUGUGUGUGUGUGUGUGUGUGUGUGUGUGUGUGUGUGUGUGUGUGUGUGUGUGUGUGUGUACAUACUGGAUGCUCUUUUUGAAUGUGUAUGAACUAGUUUGUGAGCAUGUGAGCUCAUUUGUGGCUCUUCAUGACCCCUCCCAAGCUUGAAAGCCAACCUCUGAUCCUUUUUUCUAUUUGUAUGGUGAUGUUUAUUGCAGUAGUGAGUCAUAUGUGGUUUUAGGUGGUGAAAUGUAUGUGUAUGCAUUUGUAUUAGAUUCUUGAAAAGUCAAUGACAUAAAUGGCAUUCUAAAUGAC